AUGAUGGCAAAAAAUUCCCUGGAAGGGUCUAAAGAAGACCUGAGCAAAAUUUCGGAAGAGGAGAUGCUGAGGUGGAGCAAGGAAGAGCUGGUGAAAAGACUGAGGAAAGUGGAGAAUGAAAAGAUGAACUUAAUGGUGGAACACGGCAACUUAAUGAAGGACGUGAACCGGCGGCUGCAGCUCCACCUGCACGAGAUCCGCGGGCUGAAGGAGGUGAACCAGAAGUUGCAGGACGACAACCAGGAGCUGAGGGAGCUCUGCUGCUUCUUGGACGACGACCGGCAGAAAGGCAAGAAGCUGUCGAGGGAAUGGCAGCGCUUCGGGAGACACACGGCCAGCGUGAUGUGGAAAGAGGUGGGCAUGUACCAGCAGAAGCUGAAGGACCUGGAGGCGAGGCAGGAGACCCUCCUGCGGGAGAACGUGGAGCUGAAGGAGAUGGUGCUCAUGCUGGACGAGGAGCGGAGCGGGGCCGGCUCGCGGAGCUCCAUCGACAGCCAGGUCGGCGGCUCGGCCCCCAGGGACGUGGGGGACGGGAGCAGCACCUCCAGCACGGGCAGCGCCGGCAGCCCCGACCACCAUCAUCACCACCUCCACCACCACAAGGCCGGCGACAGCAAGGCCGGGGCCAUGCGGAGGUCCAUGGAUGACCUGUCCGCGCCCCUCCACCACCGGA